AUGGAGGACAAUGGUCUGUAUCCGGACACCAUGAUCGGUUUUCGACCAAAGUUAUCGGCAUGCGACGUGAUGCUGCAGCUCAAAGACCAAAUUAUAGACAAGCAAACGCGAGACACGAAAGUGAUCGUGGGGUUAGAUGUGGCAAAGGCAUUCGACAACGUGAGGCACGUGUCCAUCUUGGAGAAUUUGAACUCGCUCAAUGUCGGGAAGAGAGUGUACGAUUACAUCAAGGACUUUCUUACCAACAGGAAAGCCACUCUCAAGAUAGGGGAAGAAUCUAUAAAGAGCAUUGACCUGGGUAACGUGGGGACGCCGCAGGGCUCGGUCUUAUCACCUACCCUCUUCAACAUUGCAAUGUUGAAACUCCCCGAACGGUUGGGGGAAAUUGAGAAUCUAAAUUUUACCAUAUACGCGGAUGACUUAACACUAUGGAUAAACAAGGGCAGUGAUGGGCAAAUUGAAAGCUCCCUGCAAAAUGCAAUUGACAUUAUCGAGGAGUACCUGAAACCCAAAGGACUUAAAUGUUCGGCCGAAAAGUCGGAAGUACUGUUCCUGAUGCCCCCCGGACAACAGCGGCUUCACCAAAAGCGCGAAGCGGGCAUCCACCUGUACGUCAACGGCGCCGAGAUCCCCGCGGUCGACAGUAUCCGCGUCCUCGGGCUGAGGAUUCAGGCAAACCGGAAAAAUUAUGAAACGCUUGCUAGGUUAGAAGCCAGUUCAAAUCAAACGUGUCGUCUUAUCAGGCGAAUAGCGAACAGGCACGCUGGGAUGAAGGAGGCGAAUCUCCUGAGGCUAGCACAAGCCUUUGUAAUCAGUAGGAUAGUGUACGUGGCACCCUACCUCAAGCUCAGUUCUGUAGAACGGAACAAGCUCGAAAUCAUUUUUAGGAAAAGUGUCAAGGUCGCGCUCGGACUCCCCCCGAACACGCCCACCGGCAAACUUAUGAAGCUGGGUGUGUCGAACACUCUCGAGGAACUGUUUGAGGCUGCCGUUACCACGCAGCACCAAAGGCUACUUGGAUCUAAAACAGGUAGGAAAAUUUUAGAGAAAUUAGGCUACGAGCCCAAACAUGAGCAAGUGCGCUCAGGAGACAUACCCAGACAGAUCAGGGACAAGAUGAAAAUACCUCCGCUACCCAGCAACAUGAACCCUGCUUUUCACGACGGCAGACGUAAAGACAGGGCAGAGGCAUUACAAGUUAGAUACACUUGUCGACAGGACGUCCUAUAUACGGACGCUGCGGAAUAUGAAAGCAAAGCGGCACACGCGGCCGUGGCGGUUAGAGAAGAUGGAACACCGGUGCCGUGCUGCACAGUCAGUCGCGUCGAGACGGUUGAAGCUGAGGAAGUAGCCAUAGCUUUGGCCCUCAGCCAAAGGGGGGUAAAUGUGGUCAUCAGCGACUCCAAAAACGCUGUGAGAAAUUACGAAUCGGGGAGAGUGACGGAGACUGCCAUCCGUAUAUUAAACAGGGAAGGAGGACCCAGGCAGCUUGUUCUGCUCGUUUGGGCACCAGCUCACCAGGGACUUAGAGGGAACGAGGAGGCUCAUUCGGUCGCCCGAGGUCUCACUUACCGGUCGACCCCCGGAAGCUCCCAUACCACCGAAACUAUAAUCAGAAGAGAGGAUAUGCGCGCAUACCAUGAAAUCAUAGCAUACUACAGACUAAAUCGCCAAAUCUACGCGGGAGCGGACAGAACGCUCAGUAAGGAAGAUGAGGUUAUGUGGAGGAAAUUGCAGACGGGGGUUUUUCCAAACCCCGUACUCUACAGCAAGUGGCACCCAGGAGUGCUCAGGUCAAAGUGCAGGUUCUGUGAUGAGGCAGCGAAUCUGGUUCACAUGGUGUGGACAUGUCCGGCUAAACAUGAUAGCUCGCGCACUCUAGAAUCCUGGGAGGCUUUGCUCCCCAGCCCAGACCCCAACGUCCAGCGGGACAUCAUCGGUCAAGCCCUUGCUGCUGCUGCGUCUCAAGGCAUUCCCGCCGACGGCUAG